AUGGCGGCCUCUGCAGCCCUCAUCGAUGCCUUGGUUCUGAAGCAGGAUGGAGCUGCGGCCGCUGAUGCAGCAGAAUCGGCGGCAGCAGCCUGUCGUGAGGCCGACGACGUGGCCGGCGAGGCCGCAAUGCUGCUCCGAAAGUCCGAGGCAUUGUUAGCCGCCAUGCAGGAUCCUUACACGGCUGCGGAGACGGCCAUCUCUGCGUGCCUUCUCUUCCGAAGAGCCGGAGAUGCGUGCGGGGAUGCUUCAGCAUUGGAGGCAGCUGCCCGUGCUCACCUCCUCUAUGAUCCUGAGCAGGCGAUCAAGGCAGCAAAGGAGGCCUUGGCCAUCGCUUCAGCUGCCGGCGACAUCAGCGCCCUGCCGCGCAUCGAGCGGAGCAUGAUCGCCGCUAAGGCUCAGGUCGCCACGGCGCAGCAGGCCGAGCAGGCCAAGGCUUUGAGCUGCCGGGGCCAGGCAGCGCCGGCCUACAAGUGGCCCAAGGUGCUGCAGCUGCGAGCGCCUGCUGCUCCGGAUGUGUUUGCCAUGCAGGAGCGGCCACGCGCAGAGGGCGGCUCGCAACUUGCUCUACGUGGUGCCUCCACGGGGCCUGCCGGAGCGGCCAAGAUUGACACGAAGCCCGCCGUGGCCUUCACGCGGAAGCCGUUCAAGUGGAACCCUGGCUACCACAAGACGGACGAGGCGUGGUACCGCCAGGAGCUGACGUACCUGCCACCCACAAUCUCUGGAGAGUGA